GGUUUAGGCAGCAAGCAAACUUCAAGCAAAGAUCGAACUCGAAGUAUAGCAUAGCGCCAGCUUCGUCUUCCACAGUUCUACGUCUUCUGGUUCUGCAACGAUGGUGCUCGAGGCGACUAUGAUCUGUAUUGACAACUCCGAAUGGAUGCGGAACGGCGAUUAUUCUCCUUCAAGAUUUCAAGCUCAAGCAGAUGCCAUCAAUCUUAUUUGUGGAGCUAAGACGCAGUCUAAUCCGGAGAAUACGGUUGGGGUUCUGACAAUGGCGGGAAAAGGUGUUCGUGUGCUCGUCACUCCCACCACUGACCUUGGCAAGAUACUGGCAUGCAUGCACGGUUUGGAGAUAGGUGGUGAGAUAAACCUGGCAGCUGGCAUCCAGGUGGCUCAGUUAGCUCUUAAGCAUCGUCAGAACAAAAAGCAGCAACAAAGAAUUAUAGUCUUUGUUGGAAGUCCUGUUAAACAUGAGAAGAAGUCAUUGGAGAUGAUAGGAAGAAAGUUGAAGAAGAACAAUGUGGCCCUUGAUAUUGUUGAUUUUGGCGAAGAAGAUGAUGGCAAACCUGAGAAAUUGGAAAGUCUUCUUGCAGCCGUGAACAGUAACGACACCAGUCACAUUGUUCAUGUUCCUUCUGGUCCAAAUGUGCUGUCUGAUGUACUCAUCAGUACUCCAAUCUUCACUGGAGACGGGGAAGGUGGAAGUGGUUUUGCAGCAGCUGCUGCAGCUGCUGCUGCGGGUGGUGUAGCUGGUUUUGAUUUUGGGGUUGAUCCCAACUUAGAUCCUGAACUUGCCCUUGCUCUUAGGGUUUCUAUGGAAGAGGAGAGGGCCAGACAGGAGGCAGCUGCUAAGAAGGCUGCAGAGGAUACGGCAAAGCAAGAUAAAGGAGUUGAGCAGCCAUCUGGCUCACAGGAUGCAACUAUGACUGAGCGUCCUGGACUUGCAACUUCUGAUGCUGAAAACAAGACUACUGAUUUAAUGGACGAUGAAAAUGCUCUGCUACAACAAGCUCUUGCUAUGUCAAUGGAUAAUCCUUCUGCAGCGAGUGACAUACGAGACAUAGACAUGUCAGAAGUUGCAGCAGACGAUCCUGAAUUGGCACUUGCUCUUCAGUUGUCUGUGCAGGAAGCUUCCAGUGACUCAAGCCAGUCAGAUAUGAGCAAAUUAUUGGCCGACCAGUCUUUUGUUUCUUCUAUUCUAGCUUCACUUCCAGGCGUAGACCCAAAUGAUCCUUCCGUAAAAGAUUUGCUCGCCUCCAUGCAAAGCCAGUCAGAGGACAAGAAAAACGAAGGCAAAGAAUCAAAGGAAGAUGAGAAAUGAGGCAUUUUCGAGCUCAGUUCCCAGCCAUGUUUUAAACUCGGGAAUUCACAAACCCGUCAGGGAAGAGAUGCUCGACACCAUUAUUCUCAUUUGUCACCUGUCUCUAAAUUGUUAUAUUUUCAUGAUAAAUUAUGUGGUAGGUAUGUGCUGCAAUGUACCAUCCCUCCAUCGUGUAUCUUAUCUUGAUUCAUUAUCUUCAUUAUUACAGAGGCCAUAGAAGUCGUUCACAUGUGAUAGGGCAGGGCUGCUAGCUUUGGACCAUUUGUCUCUUCGCAUGCCCAUUUUAAACAUUUUGAUUAUUGAGUGAAAAUGGCAUGUUUGCCCUUUCCGAAGUAGAAACAAAGAAAUUUGUUUGCGAAA